AUGCAGAAGAUUGUGUGGUGCUCACUGGGUGGUGGUGCGGUGGCCGCAGAGUGGGGCUGCCGCUUCUGCUCUUGCAGCGGGGAAUAUGCUGCCGCACUCUUUUUGUUGGUUGCGUCGGGGGAAAAUGUGCCGGCGUCUGAGAAGCUGCGGGUUCCACCGCCACGACGACUGAAGGAGGCGGAGGUGUCUGCGGCUGCCUUCGCAGGCUGCGCCCCGUGCGGCCCAGUUGCGUGGCAAAAGUUCCCUCGUGGAAUCUACGUGCACUGCGCCACGUGCUGGGUGCAGCGUAUGUUUGCGUCGCGGGGGACAAUGCGGCGGUGUCCCUCUUCCUUUUUGCGGGUGAACGAAGAGGCGACGGGUGCUCUGCUCCUUCGCACCUCAGCGAGUUGCAGCACAAAAUGCCACUGCAACGAGGCAGUCAAUUUCACUGUGAGUGGGUGA